GGCUUCUCUUCUCUCUCCUCAAAAACCCCACGCCCGCGACGCCGCGAGGAGGAGCCGAGGCGAUGUCCGGCGAUCAGUGCGGCGGCGGGGGGCCUCCCGGCUCCGGCGACGACUCCGGAGGUGGUUGGGAGACCGUUGAGAAGAAAUCAAAGAAAUCGGCCCAACAAGUUAGAAAGGGACAAUGGGGACAAUGGAAUUCUGCAACUGCUGCAGCUGCACCUGCUGCAGCAUGGAGUGGCUCUGAAUCUUCUCGUCAUUCUGGAAACACUUUGGUUCAACACUCUGACCGUAGGCCUGCUGGCAGAGGGAACCCUAGGCCACCACCACAAAUUAAAUCUACAGAAGCAGAUCAGCAAGCACCACGCCGAGUUGUGACUGCACCUCUGGAAAGUGGUUGGCAGUGGGGAGCCAGGCCUGGUGCUGGAAGCAAGGAGGGUGAUCUUCCUUUGUCUGGCUGUGAUCCUGAAACAGACAAUGCUAAAGGUGAUGAUGACACAUCAGAUGAUGAUGAUAAUGAUGAUUAUAUGAGCGAUGAUAUGAGUGAUGACUUUGAUUCUGAUGGGACUGAGAAAAGUUUCGAGACUCGGAAAAAACACAAGCUGUUGAAAAGUUUCUUUGAAGUCCUGGAGACGUUAAGUGUAGAACAGUUAAAUGAACCAACUAGGCAAUGGCAUUGCCCGGCAUGCAAACAUGGACCUGGUGCAAUUGACUGGUACAAAGGGCUACAACCUUUGAUGGCUCAUGCCAAAACAAAGGGUUCUAUAAAGGUCAGGCUUCACAGGGAAUUGGCUGAACUAUUGGAAAGGGAACUUUCUCUGAGGGGAACUUCAGUGGUACCAGCUGGCGAACAAUUUCAUAAGUGGAAAGGAUUAGAAGAAAGCACAGAUCGUGAGAUAGUUUGGCCACCAAUGGUUAUUGUUAUGAACACCUUAUUGGAACAAGAUGAGGAUGAUAAGUGGAAAGGUAUGGGAAAUCAAGAGCUUAUCGAUUAUUUCAGUGAAUAUGCUGCAAGCAAAGCACGCCAUGCUUAUGGCCCAAAUGGGCACCGUGGCAUGAGUGUGCUAAUAUUUGACAGCUCGGCUGUGGGCUAUAUGGAAGCAGACCGUUUGCAUGAGCACUUUGUUCGUCAACGAACUGACAGGGUUGCAUGGCAGAAGAAUAACAGGGUUAAAUUCGUACCUGGUGGGAAAAGGCAGUUGUAUGGAUUCUUAGCUAGAAAAGAUGACAUGGAAGAGUUCAAUAGACAUUGCCAUGGGAAAUCCCGUUUGAAGUUUGAGUUAAGAUCUUAUAAUGAGAUGGUGGUUACCCAACUGAAGCAAAUGAGUGAAGACAAUCAGCAGCUGAAUUAUCUGAAGAACAAAAUGGUUAAGAAAGAACAGCACUCAAAAUUAGUAGAGGAAACAUUGGGUGUUGUUACCCAAAAACUUCGGGAGACAAUGGAGGAGAAUAAAAUUGUCAGGAAAAAAGCCAAAGAGAAGCACUUGGAGUAUGAGAAAGAGAUGAAAUUCCAGGAGCAAUUUUUUCAUGAUCAAAUAGAAAAAAUUCACAAGGCCACAGAGGAGAAGGAAAUUAAGUUUGAGCAGUUGCUGCAAGAGGAGCGGAUUAAGGCUAGACGGAGUGAAGUUGGCUCUGGAAGUACUGAAGAUCGCAGGCAAAGGAAGGAAGAGAUUGAGAAGUUCAUAGACUGCCAGGUGAAGGACGUUGAGGAAUUCGAAGCUGAGCGAGACAAACUGAUCAAAUUGCAUGAAGAGAAGAAGGUGAAGCUGAAGAGGGAGUACAUGGAGAAAGAGGUUGAGCUCGAGAAGGAGCUGGAUGCCGCCCUCACCAACCUGAUGGAUAAACACAAGCCGGACAUCUUCCAAUCCUCCAGCUCGCGUUCAACAUGACGAGUGGCCGCUUACCAUACAUUUGCUGCUCAUAUCCAAUAUCUAAGGCUCCCAUUCCCUAAGUACCCGUAAAACUUAACACCAGUCAGCAGUAUGUCCGUGGGGUGGAUGCAUGGUUUUGUAAGGAAACCUGAACCUAGUAUAUGGUUUGAAGUAGCGUCGUAGCUACCGUGUCAUGGAUGAUGAACUGAUUACUGUGCGCCUUGCCUCUUAUGGCAAGCGUGGAAACCACAUAACUAUAUCUCUAGUCUAUCCUCCGCUCUUCUUUGCUUA